AUGGAUGAACCCAGUACAGAACAGGUUUAUAAUCACUCUCAAUUUGAGAAUUUGAGAAAGUUUUGGGACUUAGGAGCCAACUCAAACAUUCAGGAUAAUGUUGAGAAAAAUACCACCAAAACAGGCCAAAAAGAUUCUGUGCCUUUUAACAGCCAGAAACACAAAGAACCCCAUGACCUCAAAUCAUCAAGAGAAAAUGCCCAUGAAAUCGAGACAUUUCUAAGCCCCCCAAAAGUUCCAGCAGCAGAGGAAAUAGAGGGAAUAAAUUCAAAGUGCACACUCCAGGUAUUACCUCAUGAAAGCACAUUUCCAUUGAAACCACCCACAAAGUCCACUCAUCAGUUGCCAGGAAAUGAGUCAUCAAAAGAAAAUGUGCAAAAGAAUAUGGAAUGGUUGGUUACGCCAGUGUUCAAGGAAGAAAAGGAUUGCUCAGACCAAGAGGUUCAAGAAUCCAUAGUGAAAACACAUGUUUUGUCUAAAGACUACAAAGACACUUUUAAUGACAGCUUACAGAAGCUACUUUCAGAAGCUUCGUCACCAGCAAUCCCACCUUCUGGUGAAAAAGUUCACGGAAAACAAGUGCUUGAACCAGGUGCUUCUGAAAAUAGGACAUGGCCUCAGAAGACAGAUACUGAGGAAGCAGCCAAAGGACCUCUGGACAUCGUUAAUGAGCAGGUAGACAAAACAGUAGCUCCUCCGAAGGUCAAACCAAGCACUUGGGCUGCCAGUCUAGAUAAACUCCUGAAGGAAGGAACUGGGACUUUACCCUCUCCCUUGCAAACUAAGUUGGAACCCAUCACCCCUCGGAUCAACUCUGAGCCUGGAGAGAAGAGAGUUUUUGAAAAAGGUGUAGAACGCAGUCACAACUCAUCAGCCCACCAGAGAGAGAUCAUAGCUCCUUUUCCAGUGGGGCAAGAAACUCUCGGAAAGACAGCUCUCCCCCCGCAAGCGGAAAGUGGUGAGUACCAGCUAACCUCGGAAAACUGGUUUCAGAUGGUUGCAGGAGGUUCUCACCCAGUGAACCAACCUCCCCAUCUUCACAGAAAGGGUUCUUUGGGAAUUGAAGCCAAAUCUCCCCAAGAUAUGCCUUCUUCUAGUGAUGCUCAUCUUGCUCCCCAGAAUAUGGCACUUCCUCCGCAAAGAGAAGUUUCAGAGACGGUGGAAAAAGUCAUUGUUCCACCCAGAUCUGCCUUGAAUGAUGUAAAUGUUGUGUUACAGAAGCUGCUUAGGGAAGCUACGUUGAGUUAUCCGGUUGGGAGGGAAGUCGUUCCUGGAGAAGUAAAAGCAGAAUUUCCGGAAGGAGUACAAGCAGCAGGUAGCCUCCAAAGUUCUCCUGGAGUUAUCCCACCAUCGGCUGCAGUGGACAUUACAGUCCCAGACAGAAAGGAUGCUGACUCCUUCAAUGUAGCGGCUCCUGAUAAAACUCAUGACAUUGCCUCUCAUUUAGCUGCCCCAGUGACUCUAUCAGAACAAAUCCCUCGCUCAUUUGGCUCCACUGUCGCUCAGUACAGCAAAGAGUCACCUCAGGAAGUGACAGAAAUUGUGAGGGAGACAAUUAUUCGACCUAAAUCAGAGCCCCUUGAACUCAGGGCCGGCUUAGAGAAACUGCUGAAGGAAGCAACUGAAACUCUCUCCUCAAAAUCUGAAAGCAACACAGGGAUGCCCUCUCCAUCCAAGUUAAUAGGUUGUACUGAGGUGCCCAGGCCAGCUGCUUCUGGAUUCCAUCCCGAGGAAAUAAAAGAAACAGUACAAAAGGCUGAGGCUCCAGCAAUAACUGAGAGCGCUUUUGAUAUUGGUUUUGAGAAACUCCUUAGAGAAACAUCGGAAGCUCCUCCUUAUGAGCCCCGGGUGUCAGGGAAGGAAGGAACUCCCGAGAAGGAGACCUCCGGGUCAGGGCAAGCCAGGUUUCUGGGGAGAACCCAAGAGGCCCCUGAAAUGAAGCUAAAGAGUAAUGUUUUCAAAUCUCGAGUCAACCCACGGGAUAAAGGGUUGAGAGGAGAAGCUGUGAGUGAUCUGUCAAUAGAUGUCGGUGGUUAUGAGAGUGGAGCUGAGAUCCCUGGAACCCUUUCUGUGGACCAUGAAAUAGGGAUCAUUGAAACUACAAAGCCCCCAGAGCCCAGGGAGAGUGAAACUGCAGUUGCCGGGGUUCGAGAAGGGGCUUUUCAGGAGCCUGGCUGUGGAGAGGGUCCCAACACAAUUAGUGUGUCCAGAAAUAGGCAACCUGUUCCUCUCCUGACCAAUAAGGAAAACUCUACAAAGACAAGUAAAGUCAAACUGAUUCUGGAAUCACCUUACAAGAGACAAGAGCAAGAGAAAGAAGGUGUCUCUGACUCUGAUUUUUCAGAUGGAAACAUCGGUUCUAAUGCGGAAAGCUGGAGAAAUACCUCCAGUUCAGAGGAAGAACCCAGUCCUGUUUUGAAAACUUUGGAAAGGAGUGCUGCUAGGAAAAUGCCUUCCAAAAGUCUAGAAGACAUUUCAUCAGAUUCAUCAAAUCAAGCAAAAAUAGAUAAUCUGCCAGAAGAAUUAGUGCGUAGUGCUGAAGAUGAUCAAAAAGCAUAUCAGGAACCAGAUACAAAUGAUCGCAUACCAGGAAUUUCCACAGUGCCUUCACAACCUGAUAAUCAGUUUUCCCACCCCGACAAACUCAAAAGGAUGAGCAAGUCUGUUCCAGCAUUUCUCCAAGAUGAGAGCGAUGACAGAGAAACAGAUACAGCAUCAGAAAGCAGUUACCACUUCAGCAGACACAAGAAGAGCCCAAGCUCUCUAACCAAUCUUAGCAGCUCCUCUGGCAUGACGUCCCUGUCUUCUGUGAGCGGCAGUGUGAUGAGCGUUUACAGUGGGGACUUCGGCAAUCUGGAGGUGAAAGGAAGUAUCCAGUUCGCAGUUGACUAUGUGGACUCUUUGAAGGAGCUGCAUAUCUUUGUGGCCCAGUGUAAAGACUUGGCCGCUGCAGACAUUAGAAAACAACGUUCAGACCCAUAUGUAAAGACUUACCUGUUACCAGACAAGGGCAAAAUGGGCAAGAAGAAAACACUUGUCGUGAAGAAAACUUUGAAUCCUGUGUAUAAUGAGAUACUGCGGUAUAAAAUCGAAAAGCAAAUCUUAAAGACACAGAAGCUGAACCUGUCUGUAUGGCAUCGGGAUACAUUUAAACGCAAUAGUUUUCUUGGGGAAGUGGAACUUGAUUUGGAAACUUGGGACUGGGACAACAAACAGAAUAAACAAUUGAAGUGGUACCCUUUGAAGCGGAAGACAGCACCAGUUGCCCUUGAAGCAGAAAACAGAGGUAAAAUGAAAUUAGCUCUCCAGUACGUCCCAGAGCCAAUUCCUGGUAAAAAGCUUCCUACAACUGGAGAAGUACACAUAUGGGUGAAGGAAUGCCUUGAUCUACCAAUGCUAAGGGGCAGCCAUCUAAAUUCCUUUGUCAAAUGUAUCAUCCUGCCAGAUACAAGUCGGAAAAGUCGCCAGAGGACAAGAGCUGUGGGGAAGACCACCAACCCUGUCUUCAACCACACCAUGGUGUACGAUGGGUUCAGGCCUGAAGAUCUGACGGAAGCCUGCGUAGAGCUCACUGUCUGGGACCAUUACAAAUUAACCAACCAGUUUUUGGGAGGUCUUCGGAUCGGCUUUGGAACCGGUAAAAGUUAUGAUACUGAAGUGGACUGGAUGGACUCCACUUCAGAGGAAGUUGCUCUCUGGGAAAAGAUGGUAAAUUCCCCCAACACUUGGAUUGAAGCAACCCUGCCUCUCAGAAUGCUGUUGAUCGCCAGGAUUUCCAAAUGACCCCAAAGUCCACUGGCUCCCCCACUGAAAACUACUAACUACUGAUCUUGAAAAUCUGACCAUGUGGACCGAGAUCUGCACCUCCUAUCUGUCGGCACUCAUUUUAAAGUCAACCUGCAUGUGCCUCUUUGGUUAUAGGCCCACGGUAUUUAAAAAAUAACAAAAUGUAUAAUGUAUGUGUGACUCCAACGUUAAAGAAGAUAUUGGAGAAAGCUAGGAAAAUCCACCUGUUGCUUCAAAGAAAAAUCUGCCCUCCCCCCAAAAAAUUAUUAAAUGUGGAGUGUUAACAGGAAAAUUUUUCUAGUUUUCCAUCAUGUGUUUCACACCAGUCUUGUGCUACGGUUCGCAAAGCCUGCCUCUUGACCAAUGAAAUUCCUUACAGCAACUGCAAAUACGUAGGUUGUGGAAAACAGUGACAGAGAUAUUCCUAUGGUGGGGGGGGAGGGGGGAAGGCAGAAUAUCAGUGAUGAUAAAGAAUUUGACCAUAAGAAAACUAUUUACUCUGUAAUCUCUAUAAAAUACGGAAUUCCAUAUUAGGGUGAGACCGAGUUUACUGCAUGUACUUUCUGUCUUGAGAAACUGCUUUCCCUCUUCCCAGUGUUAAAACAGUCUCGAAUGUGCUUUGGUGCCACCCACUGGCCAUAAGUGGAAUUCAGUUUUUGGCUUAAUUUUCUCCUAAGCUAGGUCUCAAGCCUGUAUUUUGUAAUAGAAUAUAUAUAAAACAAAAACCUUGCAUAUGUAAGAUUCUGUUUUUCUUAUAACUCUACUAUAUGAAAGCAGCAUGAGAGUGGUCACAGACAUGCUUUGCAACAAAGUUUUAAUUAGAAUGUAAAUUGUUUAAUUAUACUGUAUUUCCUAUGUAUGUAUAAUUUUCAUAAAGUAUUUUGUA